AAAUUAUGUCUGCGAAUGUGGUGUUUGUACUUUGUAGAUUUUUGAUUUGUGAUUUUCCAUAAUUUUGUAACUAUACACAAGGAACCUUCCUAUUAUUUCUUACUUAUUAUUUUUAUAAUUUAAAAUAAAAUGAUCUUCCAUAAUUCUUUUUAAAUAAAUGACCUUCAACAAGUCGAUAUGAAGUGCUGCGUGCAUCUCUGUGAUCAGUUUAUUAACAAAAAAUCGAAAAAAUCUACUUCAGUGACGAAGAAAAUAAGUUUUUUUAGAUUUCCAAGGAAACAAAGCAUCAGGCAGUUAUGGUUGGAAUCUAUCGGUGUGAACCAUGGUCAGUUACUGAAGAAUGCCAUGGUGUGUUCCCAACAUUUUCAAAAAGAUGACAUCAUUAGAUCAGGUGGUUUGGAAAAACUCAAAAAUAAUGCAGUACCUUCUAUAUUCAAAUACAAAAGCAACUCUGUGUCGGUGUGUGUAAUGUGUCUGAACACAAAUUGUAAAUUGUUACCAUUUAACAAGCUUGUAACAGAAGCCUAUACCAGCAUAACGGGCAUAUCUAAAACCCGCCUACUUAAAAUAAACCCUGAUCCGCUGCUAUGCACUGAGUGUGUGCAAAAAUUGACAAAUUGUAACCAAUUCAGAGACAAAAGUCUAUGUGCUUUCAAACUGCUGAAGAAAUUAUAUGAUAAACAUGGAACGUUGAAAUUAGAAAAUAUAGAAGCAAUAGACAGAUCGGAUUAUAAGCUGACAUCUAAUUUAGCAACACAUAGCAUCAAUCCAUAUUAUUGUGGUGAUCAAUUUGAAGAAGGAAAUGAGCAAGACUUAAUUGCUGCAAUCAAAACUGAACCAAAAAUUGUAUUAAAAACAAAACUGAAAGAGGAAGCAUCAAGUGCUAAUGAUAUAGCACAUUAUAUAACAAUUGAUAAUUAUAAUGAUGGCUACAAUGAUACAUAUGAUAUGAAUGAUGAUUACAAUGAAGCACAAGUUAAAAAUAACAUUGAUAACGAUCAUACUUAUGCUGUCGAAUACUUAGAUAGUGAUAUUGACGUAGAUUGUGACAUAGAUCGUGAUGUUAAUUACAAUACAGAUGAUAACACAAAUCAUGAUAUUGAACAGAAUUAUGAUAUAGGUCAUAAUAUUGAAAAUAAUACAGAUUAUGAUGUUGAUCACAGUUUAGAUUAUGACAUAGAUCAAGAUAACUCAUUAAAUAAUUAUGAUAGUAUGAAUUCUUUCAAUGAAAACAAAGAUUAUUUCAAACAAGUAAUUGACCUAACGUCUAAUGAUGAUGAGUUCACACCAAAAGCUAUAAACAAAGCUGUAAAACGUAAAAGAGAAACAAAACGGACAAAUAUUAAAAAGAAAACUGCAUCUAAAAUCAAAGUCAAGUUUGUUGCAAAAAGUAAAAUCACUAAAUCAAAUAAAAAACUCAAUACUAAAGUUAAUAAAGUUAAAAAAAGGAAAACAAAAACAAAUAAUAAAGCUAAAAAUGGUGUAAAAGAUGAGGAUUCAACUAAAUCUGAUCAUCGAAAUAUAUUAAAACGUUUUAAAGUGACUGCAUUAAGUUAUGAAGAACAGUUAGCUGAGGUACAGAAGCGAAAAGAAACAUAUAGAAGAUUGCCUUAUCAAUGUGGUAUUUGCUGCAAUGGAUUUUCGAGUGCUAUGUUGUAUGAACGUCAUAAGGAGAGGCAUACUGAUAAAUACGGCAUAUAUGAGUGCGCCGUAUGUGGUAUUCACGUGAAAACUCGCCGCAAAAUACUAAUACAUAUAAAUAACCAACACGGCUACAGAUUGACUUGCAAAAUCUGUAAAUUUGUUUGUCAUGACAAAUCCCGCGCUAGGACCCAUAUGUAUUGGCACAACGGGCGAAUAUACAAAUGCAGAUACUGCGGUGUGGAGUUCAUGAAGAAGACCACAUACUUCUCCCAUCUACGCAUAAAGCACCCUUCAGACAACGUGUGCUCGCUGUGCGGGUUCUCCUUCGUCAGUAUGAAGGGCCUCCAGUGUCACCAGACGAUGAUGCACCGGUUCGACGACACCUCGACUAUGACCGGUCCACAAUGUGCUGAGUGCAACAUUCGCUUCGCUUCGGAGACAGCGUACCAACAACACUUGAAGGUGUCUCCCAGACACGCGCCAGAGGGUUCUCUCCAGCGGAACGAGCCCAAGUAUGUGCACAUGAAUCCAUACAAGAAGGGGGAGACCGUGGGUGACCCGGUGCUGUGUGAACUCUGCGGGAAGUCGUUUAAGUAUCCGGUGACACUGCGCAACCACUUGGUAAUGCAUUCGGGCGAGAAAUUGCACAAGUGCGAGUUGUGCGGCAAACGGUUCAUGUUCAAGCUCCAGCUCGAGAGCCACGUCAGGCUGCACGUCGACCCCAAGCCCUACGAGUGCAACGUGUGCGGGGAACGGUUCACGAACUACUCGAACAGACGGCGGCACCAGCUGAGACACAAAGAGUCGAGACCGUUGUACGCGUGCGAGCUGUGUGACAAAAAAUUCACAACUUCCCACUGGCAGAGGUCACAUUUGAAACAUGUGCAUGGCAAAGUACCUUAUCCCAAAAGGGUCCGCAAGUCGAGGCCUGGGCCCCGGACCAAGACUCGCGAGGACUCGAAGGACUCGCAAAGUAGCUGAGGACUCGUCAACGAAACCAGAAAAAUUAUAAUGAAUAUAAUGAAUAAAUGAUAUAAUGAAUAUAAUGAAUAAAUGAAUUCGCAUUUAGUUUAUAAAAAAUUGUUUUAGUAAAUAGGUAUAAGUAACGGCCUCAGACUAAUUAGGAUAGGGACCUCCGUGUACACAUCUCUUCCGUGACAUGGUGUUGCCACCAAAAAAUAUUUAUGUCAUUUAGGUAUUUUAAUCGUAAAUUGAUUUUUUUUUCUUAAUUUUUACUUAAUGGGGAUGAUGACUAGGUUUGAAUAUAUUGAUUUUUAUGAUACAUUCGGGUAAAUAGGGUCAAUGUUAACUAAUUUAUACAUAAAAAGCAAAGAUUGUCUGAAUAUUUGCAAAAUAAAUGAGAUUAUAAAAUUUCAAAAACUACUAAAUUUUUUUUAUCGUAAUUAGAUGAAAAUUCAUACAGUUUUAGCUUCCUUACAUUAAAUGUGACAUUUUUUAAUAUAUGAACUAUAAACAUAAACGCACAAAUAACAAAGAUAUUAGUAAUUUUGUUUGAACGCGCAUACAAAUCUAACGAUCAUUACAUUGCCUAUGACGUCAUUUUUUCGAGCCAUUUUGUAUGGGGCGUUUUUCAGGGAUCCGCGGCAGCGCCGCAAAUCUGACCCUUUAAAUCCCUGUAGCUCCGAAAGUAAUGAUCGCAGAUACCCUGUUACUUUUACAAAAUUGCUUUACUAUUAGUAUACUCUUAAUUUAUAUACAAUUUAAAAAACUGUCAUCAUCCCAAUUAUUAUUAGAUAAUUAAUUAGUUCAACUUAUUUUUGGAUAACUACGAGUCUUUUGGUGUCUUUUUUUAUGGGAAUCUAAUCUACUUUAUAGAAAAAAAAAACACUAUAAUUGUCGAUGGCUCAGUUUAUUCACAAUUAGAAAACUAUUUUUUAAAGUUCAAUAUUUUUUUCUUAAAAUUAGAUGUCAGUUUAUGACGUAUAUUUUUGUCUGUGUUGUGUGUGUGUGUAGUGUAAGAACACAAUAUGUUUAUAGGUGUUAAAUAUUUUCGACGUGUGAGUCGUCGACUUCGAAAAAUGACAGACAAUAUUGUUGGUGAAUUUGAAUACUGGUCCAUUUGUAAUUAGUCUGAGACGAAACCAGAAAAAUAAAUUCGAAAUUUAGUUUAUAAAAAUUAGUUAUAAGAAAUAAGUAUAGGUCGCGGCGUAUAACUUGAACUAUGUGCAGUAAUUCAUUUUCAAGUGGACGUACCCUUAAGAAAACGUGGACGCCAUUACAGUCGCAUUCUUAAGAUGUCCUAAAAUUGCCCCAGGUUAAAUGCAAAAUACCACGAAACUAAUAUAAAUGUAAUAAAAUUACCUCACAAGUAUUAUUUCGACAAAUAUAAACAUAUCUAGGAAAUGACGGGAUAUAUUUAAAUCGAUUCAAUUUUAACUAUAUAAUGAUUUAUUUAUUUUGCUAUCAUCCGCGAAAAUUCGGCGAACCCAUGCAACAACGUGCAAUUGCACGUUGUAGAGUCAACAUCUCCUGAGGAUGCUCCGGUUUCGGGGCGAAACGUACGUAGAGAGUAUUUUGUCGGACCUGGGUGACGUUGUCGCAUGGGUUCGCCGAAUUUUCGCGGAUGAUAGCAAAAUAAAUAAAUCAUUAUAUAAUCAUGAUGAACUUCCGCAAAGUAACGCCUGCUUCUAUCCAAUAUUCAAUUUUAACUUUUUAUGUACCUACGUCUUUUCAGAUUUUAUGGUGUUCAUUACGCAAUAACCUAAUAAAUUCUAUUUAACUAUUUAUUAAUUAUUUAACCGCGUUAAUAAAAAUUAUUCAAAUUUUUAAUAGUCCGCUAUCUAGGCCCAUUUAUUAUUAACACUGAAAAUACAGGAAAGGAUUGGGUUGAUUUUCCAGUAUACACUUUUAUACAGGAAAAUCAACCGAACCUUUUUUUUAUUUUUGGGACAAACAAUGUACAACAUCUUUGAAUGGCAACCACAGAGCGUGUAACACUUUUUGUUUAUAAUUGUUUUGUUUAUUUUGGUUCAACUUGCUUGCCGCGGUCUAUACGUGGGUGAAAAUGGUGUGAUGUGUAUAUAUUUAUAAAUAUUAAAUCUUGUAGACACGCGAAUAUAUUAAAGUCUCCAAAUA